AUGCAUCUUCUACCAAUUUUCCUUUCUUUAGCUUUUGCGUUUGGUAAGGUUUGGGGUACAAAUGAAUGCGUUCAGUUCGAAAAGUACCGUGAGGUAUCGGACCCUGACUCUAUCCAGGUUAUAUCUAACCACUCGGGGACUUCUAGAGAAGAACUUGUUGGACUGUGUGCUCCGAGGUGUUUGAGGGACAUUGAAUGUAACGCGUUUGACAUUUGUUACGGGAGUUUACAGUGUAGAACCAUCAGAGGAUGGACCCCGACCGGCUCUGUUGGUCAAUCUGGAGAUUUGUGCCAGCGCCACCACAUUGAAUGCGCAGAAGGGUAUUAUUAUAGCAGAACAAACGGAAGCUGUCUCAUACACGAUCGUUGCGAUUUUGAGACAGGUGAAACAUCGUGUUUUUUGUCCGAGGCAGUGGGUGAUUCCUUCGAUUGGUCACGAAUUACAGGUGCUACAUCCUCUUAUGACACAGGUCCAACUUCGGCUUAUUCUGGAUUGUACUACAAAUAUAUUGAAACAUCUAGUUAUGUCGAUGGAGAUGCAGCAAUUCUACAAAGUUCGAAAAGCUUUCAAGAUAAAACGUACUGCCUAACUUUGCACUACCAUAUGUACGGAGCUACAACAGAGAGCCUUGCUAUACAAACACAGAAAGAAAACGAAGCUCCUAUCACUCACUGGAUCAGGUCUGGAAACCAAGGCAACACCUGGCACCAAUUAUCCGGGGUCAGCCUUCAUAUGGACCCGCAAACUAAGAUUUUAAUUAGUGCCACUCAUGGGACAUCCUACACCGGAGACAUCGCCAUUGACUAUGUGGAACUUUGGCCGUUUGCUUGUCCGUAAUAAAGAAUAAAGCGAUUCGCUGGUGAAGAAAUGAUGAUCAGAAAAA